AUGGCGAGCAGGAAGAAUCCUUCGGAUAGUUCCGAAAUGUUGAACGACAAAAAUUCUGCGCAGAGCGAUAAUAAACUCAAUACCGAGAUUAAAAAAUGGAAAUAUUUUCUAUCAGAACUGAAGUGGUCCAUUGCUAUAUUAAUAUUUUUGGUUCAUUUUGGUGCAUUGUACAGUAUCUUUUCCCUCGACCGUACAAUCAAUAUGAAGACAAUUCUUUGGUAUCUUUUCAUUUGCACGAUUCAAGCGGUAGGCUUCACCGCUGCCGCUCAUCGUUAUUGGACUCAUCGAACUUAUAAAGCGAAAUUUCCACUCCAACUUAUACUUUUCUUCUGUUAUUUCACGGCUAGUCAGAUGUCUCUUCGCAAUUUUGUGCGGGAUCAUAGGGUACACCACAAAUACUCGGACACGGACGCGGACCCCCACAACAGCAAUCGGGGAUUCUUCUUCAGCCACGUCGGAUGGCUGCUAAAAAAGAAACAUCCGAAAGUUAUCGAAAAAGGUCGACAGAUCGACUUAAGUGAUUUCGACGCAGAUCCCGUCGCUAUGUUCGGUGAGAAGUAUUUCUGGAUACUUAUGAUAGUUUUCUGCUACAUGGUACCGAUCGCGACCCCCGUUUACGUGUGGCACGAAACCUGGACUAAUUCGUUCAAAAUUCAUUUACUUCGCAACAUAAUUGGUUGGAACGCCGUGUGGAGUGUCAAUAGUUUUACUCACAUGUGGGGCACAAAACCGUACAACAUGUAA